AUGAAUUUCCCAAAUAUAAUCAUACUUCUGUUCGCAGCCGUGCUCAGUGCAGAAUCGAAAACUAUUAUUCAGAUACCUGAAACAUGUGUUGGCGGAUAUUGUGUGCCUAAACAUUUGUGUCCACAGGGGAGGGCUAAUCAUGUAGCAAAUCUUGGAUUAAAUGGUGUAAUAGCGUUGGAGGUCGACGGAGACAACGAAUGUGGAGAUUUCAUGAAGAUAUGCUGCAAGGAGUCGUAUACCAAUACGAAUACGACUGAUUUCAAGUGUGGAAUUUCCAAUCCGGAAGGAUUAGUGUACCAAGUGAGGUCGAACCUGACUUACGCCAAAUACGCGGAGUUUCCUUGGACUGUAGCAAUAGUAGAAACAACUUCCUCAUCAGAACAACGUGAACUGACAUACGUAGGAGUAGGCACUCUUAUACAUCCGAAGUUUGUCGUGACGGCAGCUCAUACGUUGAAGGACUCGCAUCAUUAUGUAGCUCGGUUUGGAGAGUGGAACAUUCAGUCAGACGCGGAGAUCUAUCCGACACAGGAUAUUGAAGUAGAGGUACAUUGCCUUUACCCGGGGUAUGGAGGAAAAUUUAGACACGUGUACGAUAUAGCUCUUGCAUUUCUGAAAGAAGCUGUCACCUACACGGAACACAUUCGACCGAUCUGUAUUCCAAGCGAACAAGACGUUUUCGUUGGUAAUCGAUGCAUUGCUGCUGGAUGGGGAUGGGACGCACGAACCGGGCAGUCGGCAUCCAUCAUGAAGCGCAUGGAGUUGAAAGUAGUUCACCGUAGACGUUGCCAAAUGUUGUAUCAGCAGCUAGAUAUAGCAAUACCGCAGGAACCCAAUGUGAUGUGUGCGAUCGCAGAAGUGGAUCAAAACGCGUGUAUGAAAGAGGACGGUACACCUUUGAUUUGCCAAAGAGACGAUGGGUCUUACGUAUUGGCGGGACUAGCUCUUCGGCAGUUGGAUUGUGAUCAAUCAGAUGAUCCCGCAGUGUUUGUGAAUGUGGCGAAAUUUGCUGGUUGGCUUCAGACCUCGAUCAGCCAAUACGAAGAGUGGCUGUAA